ACAAGAAACCCCAGGAGACAAAAAAAUAACCACCACUCCCUCGCUCUGAAAAAUAACCGUCAGCGACCGUUCAGUUCCGCGAGACUCCGCACAAGGCGAAGACGAGCCCGGCGACAGAAUGGGAAAUGAGGCGAGUUAUCCCUUGGAAAUGUGCUCACACUUUGACGCUGAUGAGAUUAAAAGACUAGGAAAGCGGUUUAAGAAACUCGACCUGGAUAACUCGGGUUCUCUCAGCGUCGAGGAGUUUAUGUCUCUACCCGAGUUGCAGCAGAAUCCGCUGGUGCAGCGAGUCAUCGAUAUAUUCGACACGGACGGAAAUGGAGAAGUGGACUUUAAAGAAUUCAUUGAAGGUGUCUCUCAGUUCAGUGUCAAGGGCGACAAGGAGCAGAAGCUCCGCUUUGCGUUCAGGAUUUAUGACAUGGAUAAGGAUGGCUACAUAUCCAACGGUGAGCUGUUCCAGGUGCUGAAGAUGAUGGUAGGGAAUAACUUGAAGGACACCCAGCUGCAGCAGAUCGUCGACAAAACCAUCAUCAACGCAGACAAGGACGGGGACGGGAGGAUAUCUUUCGAGGAGUUCUGCGCUGUGGUUGGUGGCUUAGACAUUCACAAAAAGAUGGUGGUGGAUGUGUGAAGACACAGAACAGGCCCUUCACUGAACACCCUCUUUUUUCACUUCUCCAUUUCUGAGAAUCAGCUCCAGAUGUUCCGCUAACACGCUCUCUCUUUCUCUCUCUCUGUCUGUCUGUCUGUCGCUCGCUCUCUCUCUUUCUAUGGAAGUAUUUCUCUGAAUGAUGCCUGUUCCCCGUCUGUACUCCCUGAGCCUUGUGACGCCUGCCAUCCUAAGUGUUAUAGAGCAUGAGAUUCUUCUGUCCACGUUCUCGGGUAUUUAAGGACAGACAGAGAGACGACUUAUCUGUUAAUUACCGAGCGACUCAGUGUCAUGGAGACUAAAGAGAGGAGUGUGUGUGUGCGUUCUUUAUUUUUCUUUUUGAAGGGGGGGAUUUUUUGUAUUUAUUUUGGUCCUGUCUUUUUUAAAGAUGAUCUAGGUCUACAGGGAAUGUGUGUAUGUGAGUGAUUAUAUAUGACUUGACACUUGAUUUCAGUGCAACACGCUUCAAGCAUGAAGUGCCAAUCGAAAACAUAUACGUGGGAUUUAACAAUAGCUGAAUAUUGAAACCACUAUCUAAUGUUCUUCAUGUCACGGGGAGAUUAAAAAAUCUAGUUUUUUUGUUUCCACCUCUUUAGAGCAAAUAUCUGCUUUAAAAUAAAAGUCCGAUUUGAAUUUUCUACAGAGAAUGUGUGUGUGUGUGUGUGUGUGUAAAGUGUGCUGUGUUAAUAUUGUCAGGGAGUUCAUCCACCGUCUUGCUUUCUGAUAUACAGUAGACUAGGAUUAAAAAGCAAAUAUAUUUGAAGUUGUGCACAUAUGGUUUACUUCUGAGUAAAGUUUAGUUGAGUAUGGUUUACUUUUAAGACCGGUGUGUUAUCGCAGGGGUCGGGUGGGGAGGGAUGAUCAGAUCACACAUUUACUGUAGGAUGGAAGUGCCAUCAGUAAAAUUUCUGAACUUUUUGUGUGUGUGUGUGUGUGUGUAUUCUGGAUUUAUUACCAUUUUAACACAGCAAACGAGUAAUUUUGAUUUACCUCGACGUUGUAGGAUACAGUGCAUACUGUGGCAAACUGAAUCCACAACAACACCCGAUUUGAAUAUUUGUUUGUGGAAAUAAAAGGUUAUUUUUUUUCCAACUUGACUGCAGGCAGCAUUGUAAAGACCUUAGUAGCUCAUAUUUGUAUAUUAGGGACUGACAGACAGAUUGUGUGUUGGGGUUUUUUCUAAGCUUUAAUCGAGUUGGCUUGCAGCAUGUUCACUUACCUGAGAGGGAUCGUCGAAGUAGGCAAAACCAGAUGUGACUGACUGAUCAGUUUCUCUUCUCCUUCGUCAUUUCAAUGAUUGAUCCGUAGCAGGAUUGUAGUGUUCCCAAAAGGAGAGACCAAACCUGACGCUUUCAGCGCGGAUGAAUAAACUCGAAGCGUUCGGCCACUCCGCUAUGUUGCUUUAAAUGUGAUUCUCCCGCGCAAACCGGCGUUUUCGCGCCAGCUGCUGCACGGUGACGACGCUUAAAUAUGUCUUUCCCGAAGGCCGCUGAGGUCUUGUGAUGUGCUUGCAAGAUACGGGAGGGUUUGUCUCUCUGUUUUUAUUUUCUGUUGUGCAUGUAGAUCUGAUUUUUUUGGGGGGAAAGAUUCUCUUGUUUACAUAUGAAUCGUACUAUUGAGAUAUUAUAAUCUGAAUGACAGUUACAUAUAAAUAUAUGGACGUUGCCAAACUUUUGGUAAAUGUUUAAAUAUGGAAACGAUUUUAAAGCGAGUUUCUUCACUACAUUUAUCCAUAAAUAUUAUUAUUAUUAUCAUUAUUAUGAAAAUUACAAAUAUAAAUGUGUGAGUUAUUCUGGAUUGGUGUCCGUCACUCCCAGCGAAAUAUUAUUAUUAUUAUUAUUAUUAUUUUCGUUUUAUUUUUCUCGUUUUCCGUUCAUGGUUUGGUUGAAUUGUUUGUGUGUGUGUGUGUGUGUACAGAAUGUGUGUUUGUUAAAGCUCCUUGCUUUCAGUUCUGAUUUGUAUUUCUCUAGCUGGGGGUCAGACAGCCAUCUGAAUAACUUUCGAUGGGAGAGCCGUGAUUUUUGGACACAGAAAACAUACAAGUGAAUGAAAACGUUUCGCUUUUAGGUUUAACGUUUUGUUUCUUUCUUCAUUUCUCUGCAUGCUGCGUCAAAUGCUGUGGGAACCAUUGAAAUGUCAUUCAUGAAAAUGAGAAAUAAAAUAUUUGAGACUUGUA